AUUGUAAACCACACACCAUUUCUAAACGACAACUGUGCGUUUGAUUAUUUGGUUCUUUAAAUUCCUAAUUGGAUUUUUUAACAAAUUUUAAGGAAAUACAAAUAUUUAUUUUUAUAAAAUGGACGACGAAGAACAUCCAAACGAUAUGGACGACGAUAUUGCAGAAAUUAAUAUUAUCCUUCCCAAUACUUCCGAGACGGAAAACAUUUAUGUUGAAAACAUACCCAUGUUUAUAAAAAAACUUUGGAAAAUGGUAAACGAAAAGACCUUGGAGAACAUCAUUAGUUGGGGAUCAGGUGGAAAUAGUUUCAUCAUUUCCAACCAGCUCGCUUUUGUUUCCAAAGUUUUGCCAAAAUAUUUUAAACACAAUAACUUGGCCAGUUUUAUUCGACAGCUUAACAUAUAUGAUUUCCAUAAAGUUCAAAAUAUCGAAAAUAAAGAUGAGCUAGAAUUUAUGCACUGUUUUUUCUUAAAAGAUUGUCCAGAGUUAAUUCCGCUGAUAAAACGAAAAUAUUCAGUUGCAAAACUUAAAACAACAAGAAAGGAGAAAGUUGUGACAAAAAAUGUAGAUGCAAUAAGCAAUACUAUACAAGAUCUUAAAAGCAAAAACGCGGCCAUUGAGGGUGAGAUUGCCAGGCUAGGACAAGAAAGGUCAUCACUAUAUAGGGAAAUUGGCUCACUAAGAUUAAAAUAUUCCAAGCAAUCCAAAGUUGUUAACAAAUUGAUACAUUUCCUUAUAUCUUAUAUUCACAAACAUCCAAAUACUGCCAAACAUAAAAAGUCUGUAGGUACGAAGUAUCAAGAGUCAUUAAAACAAGGUCCAAAAAUUAUGGAGUUGGAGUCCCACAAAAGCCCUUCCAAUUUCUGGUCAGAUUUUGAUACCCAAGAGAGUAGAAGCAGCAAUCUCAAUGAACCUAACACUUAUAUAGUUACAGAGCCAGAAUGCCCCAUGGAAACAGAUGUCCAGAAAGACAUUUUGGAGGGUCUACUAGAUAAUAGUAGUAAUUCAAAUCUGCCUGAAGUAUUACCUUACAAGCGAUCUUCUGAAGGUACAUCAAUAUCAGCUAUGCAACCUUCUACAUCAUUGGCGACUUUGCAAUCCACUUCAAGCUCAUCAGAAUCUGCUUUGAAAACAACAAUACCUACAGACGCAAACAUAGGGUAUCAUAUUGACAAUACACAAGUUGAGCUAGCCAACAUCAAAGAAUUACUCAAGACAUUAACAUCUGAUGAUAUAGCUGAUUUCUACAAACUAGUUAAUGAAAACCUUAAAGUGCAAGAGUCUGAAGAAAGCUUAGCCACUGAUUAUAGUUUGGAACCGGAAAUUGACGAUAGUAUAUUAAUGCCUUUAUCAGAGCUGUCUCAGAUUAACAAGGAGCAGGAAAAAUGUGAUGCAAUCGAUGUGAUAGGGAUUCCUGGAUAAAUCAUUGGACUUUUUAAUUUUUGAACACUAUAAACACUGUUAUUCUUUUAUAUUUAUUCUAGAUAAAUCAAAUCAAUCCUAAAAUUUUAACCCAGGAGCUUGACUCAAUUUUUGUACACCCAAAAUGCGGCUUUUUGUUAGUUCUGCACAAAUUAUAUACUUUGUCUCAAUCUUAAAAUUGUGUUUUGAAUGGUAAUUGUUUAUUCAAAAUAGAAAAACAAUUUGAAAACCAUAUUAGAAAUUACAUAUUCGUUAAGCUAUUAUCUUGAUUCGGGUUUAAAGGCCGUCGUCGAUUGGAAUUACUUCCUAACGAUUCGCUAGCACGAGUGGCGAGCUUCUUCAACAUCUCCGAUGUUGGACGUAGACUGACGAUUUCUCCUGCGCAGGUUGUAUUUAUGCCGAUUGGUGGUGGGCGGGGCCUGUUCCGCUUCGGUUGGUCUCGGGAUAUCGAUCGGUACUGCUCGGGCGUUCCUAAGGAUCGGGUUCCAGAUUUGAAAUUAACUUUCCUUAUGAAAAAGAUUGUUGUGAAUAAAGCAUUAUUGUAUAAACCACUACCAUGAACACUGGAAACAUUUGAAGUUGCAGAAAAAAAAUAGUUUACGAUUUAAGUAUAAUGAAAUAAAACUAUAUUUAUUUGUUUUGAUUUAAUAAAUUCAUUUAGUAAUCCCAACGAAGUAAAGUUUCAAGUCGACUUUUAUGCUGAAUUGAAGAUAGAGCAUAAAAUGUUUCAUGUAAACAAUUAAAUUUGUGCUUUGCGCGUUAUAUACCUAACUAUAAUUUUACAGCUGGAAUUUGCAAGAU